CCUUGACCCACUCAGCAUAUUGUUGCAAGGCGGCUGAACAACGCCCAUCAGUUCUAUAGUGAGGCUCAAGCAUCGGCCGCCACUAUCUCACUUCGGGAGGCGCGGCCCGGCCUCGAAUCACCGUCAACCAUGCCCAGCGAUGUGACCCGACUUGACACCAUACGAGGAUGCCCGCUGCCCACGCAGUACCGUCAAAUGCUGAACGGUCCCUCGCUAUCUUUCUUCUCCACCCACCGACAUCCCACCAAUCACUCCACAAUGCAGCUGGUACGUUUCUGCCCCGCUUUCACUGCCUCUGUGGCACUCGCUAUGUUCUUCAACGCCUACAUCGUCGACGCCCUCCCCAUUACCGCUGGUGGGCACCUUGUGGAAAAGGACACUAUCGCGGUAAGGACUGCACACUCAACGCAACACAACCCCUGCCAGCUCCGCAUCAUGUCUGACAAUUUGCUCUUCGUUAGCAAGCCGGCAUCGUCCGAAAUAUCAGCAAACGCACGGAUCCUGGACCAGUCUGUGGAGAAGCUUGUCCGCAGGGAUGUUGCCCUCCUGAAGAGGUGAAGCGUGCUUGCCUGUCCUAUUGGAGAAGUUUGCCAGAGCCAGUUGGCUGACCUUGUGAGACGCACAGAAGAAGCGAGAGAUUGACGGUGGCGGUGGCGAGGAGGGAAUGGGCAAGACGACUGAGGCCAGCGUGGCUCGUGCUGCUGGAUAUGGCGACGCCACUGAGGUAGUUGAGACGAAGUGAUGACAUCGUAGCGAGAUUUGGCUUUCUCACUCCCACUCCGACCCCUGGAUACACGAGCGCAAGCACGAUCGAGACGUGACCGCUUCUCACAAUGAAUGUGCGCUUCAUCCUUCUCUCCACCAUCUCACGCGAAGAGACCGUUCGCAGCUGCUGGUAUGCGUGAGCAUUUUGUCCCC